CGCGAUUGUUUUUUGGAGUAAGCGGCGAUCUACAGCAAAACCGGGUUUGUUUUUCAAUCAUCACGCGGUCUAAGUUUGGUGGCACAACUUUCUGCUUUUGAGGUUUACAGCGAAUUCGGUUUAAGAUACUUCUCGAGCAAUGUAAGGCGUGUACUGACUGACAGAGAUGGAGACGAGCACCGUAGAUGAGCUUUAUGGUGAUCUUGCUCAGGGCCAUCAUGAUUCUGUCCUGCAUUAUGAUGAAGACUCUGUGGAUAUUUAUUCAGGACUUGAGGACAGUCCCAAGAAAAAUACAAAUAAAGGCAAGGACGGCGCUUUUCUUUCACCUACCAGGGCGAAAGAGUCGAUGGAUUUGUAUGAGGAACUCAUCACCGAAGAGCGAGAGGAGAAAGACGCUACCUAUAACGAGUUGAAAAGCAAAUUCGUGGCGGCACAAAACCAAGUGCAGGAUUUGCUCGCGAAGUUGCAGCAGAUGCAAACUAAGAACUCAAGUUUACACCAGGAGAACACUCUGCUGAAGAAAAACAUAUGUGCACUUAUCAAAACUGCCAAGAUGGAGAUUGUUAGGAAGGAUGAGGAGAUAAGCAAAUUAAGCAAAAGAUCGAGUUGGGGUAGUUUCCAUCCGUCUGUGAAGGAAAGAGGACAAGAUGCCUACAACAGGAGCUUGGCAAGGUUGAACAGCCCCGCUGGUCCUAUAAGGGAGUCUCAGGAUCUUAAAAGAGACAAGGGAGUAGCGGAGGUGUCUCAGGGAAGACCGUUAAAUCAGCCCGGUGGUUCGUCCUCAGCGGAUGCCACACCUUCAUCGCCUUCGGUGCUCCGAAGUUGCACAAGAAGCAACCUUGAGAACCCUUUAACUCGGCAAAGUAAGGAUAGUCAUGGUUUAGAUUCGCUGCCCAGCACCAGCGUACACGAUCACAUAUUUGUCCGGGGUAAUAGAAUGUCUGGUAGCGGAGAAAGGGAAAGCACGAGCACAAACUCUGAGACUAGAACUAGGCAGAAUGUUUGUGAUGAAACGGAUAGCAGGAAGGGAGCGAAACAGUCUGGGAAAGAGAGCACCUCCAAAGAGAAGGACGUAUCAAAAACGGAUAAAAACAGGUCCGAAAGAGAACCGAGAGAGUCUGCAAAAAGCAGUUGUGGAUCAGGAAACGGUCAGCGGCAACAGCAAGACAAUCCCGUAACGCUCAGGAGAACCGACCGCUCGAGGAGUCCUUCCUCUCGUCCGCAGCGCGCCUCCUCCCACUCAUCCACCCCCGAUGCGUCUAGAUCGAACGCGCAGAGCAGGAAAGAAGAAUUCCGGCAUAAGCAAGGACAGGAAAGGCAGAGCGGACAUACGGAGUCCAGCUGGAGAAGCGAAAAGGACGGCUCGGACAAGUCGCACCGAAAGACAGAGAAAAGGGGGACGAGGGAGCAUCACAGAAAAGAGGAGCGGAGGCAAGAGGGUAUGAGCAGUUCCGAAAGGGGACGCACCAGAAGUGACUGGAUCAAGGAGUAUGAGCAGAGGAAGUCUCAAAGUGAAGAAAGAAAUCGAUCCGAUGAAAAGGAUUGCAAUAGAGGAGAAAGACGAGGCACGAGGUCCGAAUCUAGCAAAGAACACGAGCGACAGAGUGUUAAAGAUUUGCAUACCACAAGGGGGGUGAGUAACAAAGCAGACAAAACGAGCGUCGACGACGGAAAGGACCGAAGCCGCGCCGACGUACGCGAAAAUAGACGUCUGGCUUCGCCUGUUAAACCUCACCAUAGUGCUCAAAAUCUGAGAAAAGAUCAAGAUGACAAAAGGAGAACAUCUGGCAGAAGUGAAGGGACAUCCAGGAGCAAAGCAUCAAGCGGUCCUGACGAUUCCAGAGGUGACACCUAUAUGAGUUCUGACAGACAUAGUGUCAAAGGGAGGAGCGAUAAAGACAAGCGAAUCGGCAGUCCAGACAAAGAUUUGAAGAACGCUCCGGAUAAUGCAAGGAUCCCCAAAAUCAGUGAGGAUGGGAGCGUUCAAGCGGACAGCCUCGCAAACGCGAGUGGAAAAUCUCCAAUGGGGUUAACCAGCAGCUGUAAUGGUUCUGCCGUGCCAGAGGAGAGUAGUCCAAAGAGAAAAUUAACCUUUAUGGAAACUCUGAACCUGACCGUCUCGCCAAUUAAAAAGCAAACCAACUUCGAGCAAGCUAAAGAUCCAGUUCCUCCAUCUCACGAGGACACCCUCGUAAGCAACUCGACUAAGGACGGAAGUUCGUUUGAGCCUGGAGAAGAGUUCUGCGUCAUUGAUGAAGUAGAGGAUGACUCUACGGAUAACUCCCUGGCACUCCUUACCAAUACAACCACACAGCCGCAUGACGAAGAACCACAGACCAGCCUGGAAGUCAAGGGAAAGGAACUUGAAUUGCACAAAAGGUUUGACGGUGACCUGAGUGAAACUCUAUCUGGGAAGAUGGAUGGUACAGCUUCAGAGAUGCAGGAAGAUGAAUCCAUUACAAAAGCAGAUUUUCUGAAUUCAGUUGUAUGUCCCACGAACCUUUCUCAGAAAUAUGUGGUAGAGAAGAUUCCUGAAGUUCCUGAAGUUCUUUUACUCCCUGAAAGAGCUAAACCAGUUGACAGUCCAUCUGUUCCUUUAACUGACGUUCGCGUCAAAGAACAAGAUUCUCAGGCUCCUGUGGAGAAAGACAAGGAGAAGAGAAGGAUCGGUGCUAAGAAUCCUAAUGAAGAAGCCCAAAUAGAUGAUAAACCAGAGGCAUCAGUUCAAAAUGACACAUCUCAGCAGGAAGUCGCCACCUCUGUCAUGGCAACCUCUACGGCCAAGACUUGUUCAAAUACUGACCCCUCUGUUUCUCUGGAAGUUGUUUCUAGCACCGUCGGUAUGGACAAUAACCACCAAAGCAAAGAAACAAUAGCUGUUUCAGGCAUGGAGAUCACACCAGGCCUUGAGAACCCGGAUCCUUGUCCAGACCCACUGGUAGAGCCAAGCGUCGAGACGAUUGACGUCAACACCACAGCGCGAGAGGAGGGAACACCACUUGAACAAGCGAGCUCCUCCGAGCCAGAUUCCACAGAGAACGAGAUGGAGAUCUUCAGGCCUUCUAGGUCUUUAGUGGUGCCUCAUGAUGAAGAUUCCAUGAUGCUGACCCUGAGCAACAUUAAAGUAAUUCCAGAAGCCAUCAGUCCUCUUACGAGUCCAGUACGCCAGAUAAAGAAAUCCCAGCAGCAGCGCUUAGGAAAGGAGCCACAUGUCAAAUGUCUCAGCAAAGAUCUCUCCACGUCAGCCACUGUGGCAGAUAAGGAUGCAGUCAAGAUGGACAUGAACAAAGAAAACAAGAGACCCGAUUCCUUAGUCAAGCCUAGCGUGCCGAAAGAACAGCAAGAGGCUCUUUCCACUACCGCUACCGAAGAAGACUUGGAAGAAGGGGAGAUUAUCAGUGAGAGUGAUGGGGAAGGUGCUCUAGUCAUUCAGAGUCCUCCCAACGAAAAAAGAUCAAGCUUGAGGAAUCAGCCCAGUCCCAGAUCGCCACGGUUACAGAAAAAAUCUCAAACGCCACCCGCUGUUACUCCCAGCCGCAAAGAACAAGAGAAAAACACUGCUUCUAAAGACAGUCCCUCCUCGAACAAGAGGCGUUUCAAAACCGUCACUGUUCCGCCCAGGGCGAACAUUUCAACUUCUGCUGAAUUUAUGAACAUGUUGUUGUUUAUACGGUCAGAGUUGAGACGAAAGUACAUGAAACUUCAUAAAAACGUCACCAAACCAGCUUUUUCCUGCAUCGCUGAAAUGUCUCAGGCGUCUUUCACCGAAUUUGUUGACAGCGUUAACUUUAGCAAAUUCUGCAGUCAUGGAAAUGAAAUCAAACCUCUGCUCAAUAAGAUCAUCUCUUCCGUCAUGAGCAAGGUCUCGAACAACGGCAUCGUGAACCGUAUCUUUGAGCAACGAGCCGAAGAUCUCAAACAGAAGCUGUGGAACUUUGUAGAUGGCCAGUUUGAUUUCCUGUUUAAGGAACUGAAAGCAGGACUUAAAGGUGUUCCAGAUCUUUCCAAGAAUAAACCAUCUUUAAAACGUAAGCAGUCAAAUCCUAGGGCAGAAGAGGAUUUAAAUGUGGAUUCGUGCAAGCUGCAAUCUAAAGAACCUUUGAGCACAACUGAAAACAGACCACCUAAAAAAUCCAAGGGUGAAGUCGAGGAAAGCGAGGGCCAAAAGGUGCAGGAGAAGAUGGCUUAUUCAGACAGUUUGCCAUGUAGAGGCUUGGGUAGCAGUGGUAAAAACAUAAAGGCAACCAUGGAGGAGGGGGCCAAGGUACCGGAGGUACCCACACCUAACCAGUCUAAUCAGCCACAAGGGGUUUCAUCCUCUGAGAAAUCUCUCCAAGAAAGUAUCCCCGCCCAUGAGAACAAAGCCUCCAACCAUACCCGCCGUCUUUCUCACAGUGGAUCAAUACAAGACAGGGCAGACUUUGAAAUUCUGACCGAGCAGCAAACGUCAAGUCUGACCUUUAAUUUGGUAACUGAUUCCCAAAUGGGAGAUAUAUUCAGAUGCCUCUUGCAAGGGUCCGAUCUGCUAGAGACUGGUGAUAAUCAAAACUGGCCACUCAACACCCCACGGAAAGAAGGUCAAGCCGGAGAGAGUCUCGUCGGCAUCAUGACACCCAGCAAAAUGAUAACGCCGUCGAAGCUCAUCACAACAUGGACAUCCAUUUCACCUUACAAAUUUCAAAUGCCAUUAAACCCAGCGCUCCUUGAUGAAAGCUGCAUGUUGGAGGUCCCAUCUAAUGCUCUUCCUAACCAGUCUGCCCCUGCUGUGGCCACAUCGAGCUCCCAUCAGUCUUUCUCUAUUUUGGCUGAAGAUUUGGCCGUAUCCCUUACCAUUCCCUCACCCUUGAAGUCAGACGGCCACUUGAGCUUCUUGCACCCAGCCAGUGGACAGCCACUGACCACACCAAGCAACAUCAUCAGUGCCCACUACAGCGAGGAUGCACUUCUUGACGAAGAAGAUGCCACCGUGCAAGAUAUUCACCUGUCUCUCGAAUCGGACAACUCCAGUAGUCCGUCGAGUGCCAGUGGAAAUUGGGUGGCUACAAAUUCACCCGUAUUCCAGUUCAAACCAAACUUGCCUAUGCAGGCAGAGGUAAUGGAGAGGUCCAAUGAUCACUUUAUAGUUCGGAUCAGACAUACUUCUCCUGGGGUACAAGAGGAACCCAAACAGGAACACAGAGAAACGCUGCCAUCAGCAGAGGUUUUGUCCUCGCGUACAUCGGAUCAGAGACUGCCCUUGGCAGGUCAGCCUCAGGUCACCUCAAAUCAAGGAAGCGAAGCUGAAUUAUCAAACAAGAACACCUCAGAUGGUGUCCUUGCAGGAGGCAGUCCAGCCACCUUGCCCAAAACCACCGAGAACCAGAUCGAGCAAGCUAACGAACAUUCUGAUACCACUGGAGUCACUGCUGCCACAGAACCUGAGCAUGAGCUGAACAACGCAUGCCAAAGGGUGUCCAGGAAGCGUAAAAAGCAUCAUUCGGGGCCAAAAUCAAAACGUUCUAGAAGAGAGAAAUCGCAAGACAAUCAAGAAAAGCAAAGGCACAAAAAGAAGUCAAAAUCGUCCAAGGAUAAAAAUGAGAAAACUCCAUCAAAGAAGAUCAAGACUCCGUCUCCUCAGUUGUCUCCGAACAGUCUCUCUGCAAAGAACGUCAUCAGGAAAAAAGGAGAAGUGGUGGUGACCUGGACCAGGGAGGAAGACCGAGAUAUUCUUGUUGCACUCAAAACACAAGGAGCUUCUGCUAAAACAUUUGCUGCUCUGUCAUCCAAGAUGGGAAAGUCACAAGCACAGAUUGAAGAGCGGUUCACCCAGCUCAUGAAACUGUUUAAGAAGAAGGAGAAAAUGGAGAGCUGAGCCAUUGAGGCUGAAGGAUAAUGGCUAUCUCUUCUUAAUCAUGGGGCACGUGCCUCAGGCAAAGAAACCAGCAGAAUGUUCUCAUCACUGGACAAGCUGGAGUGGGUUUUUUUUUUGGUUGUUGUUUUUUCAGUGUUAUUCUGACGAAUGAAGCACUGUGAAAUAAUCUACAGUACUCUGGGCGAGAGUCAUUUUUUUUUCUACUUUGGCGCCUUCGUUUAAGUUCAUAGGUCACCCAUAGAGUUCAUUUAGUGUCAUUUUAUUUCAGUUAAGGUGGAAAUCAGCUGUUCGAGAUGAAUAACAGCGAAAAGGUUCUUUACAACUUAAUGUCUGAACAAACUGAACCUGAGGUGGUUAAAUGGCUUUCCAUUGAAGACACUGGAGUAUCUUUCGCCUAGUACCAUCUACCUCUAAGAGAUGCCUGAAUGAGAAGUAUGAGGUGGUGUAAAGCCUGACAUACCAUAUACCUGUGCUCAAGAAGUCUUUUAAUUACCCAGAAAAUAUAAACCGUUACCAACAUUAUCAUACAAAAAUUGGGUCCCUUUUUUUUUGUGCAUACUUCUCAAGGAUUUCAAAUAAACAUGCAUAUAGUUCAUGCCAAUUCAUAGUAGUUUCUUUCAAGUUAAUAAUUGCUCGGUUGCGCCUUUAUUUUUUUUGCUCUCAGUCUCAUUAUCCUGUACUCAGGAUAACUCAGGCCUUCAGGCUUGUCUUGUGUAUAUACGAUAAAUGUGAGAGUUAUUGGAAGGUUUUUAUUAUGUACUAAAUUUACAGCAUUUUUAUUUUGUCCCGAAUGCAGAGAUUGCAAGACAGCCUUCUUGUCAGACGUCCUGUUUGAAUAAAUAUUCUGUAAAUAUUGUAAAAUGCAGGAAACUUUUUCACGUUUUAAAAUAAAGUUAAUUUAUUUCAA